UUAAAAGCUUUACCAGCAUCCGUUUUUGCAAAUGUUCCUGCCGAACUUCGUGAAGAUCUGAAAGUUUGCUUGAAUUUAACGCCCGAUCUUCGACCGGAUGCUACACAAUUUUCGAAAAUUGCAUAUUUCGAUGAGCCGUUGAUUAGGACAUUGAACUGUUUGGAUUUGCUCUGUCAAAUGGAUAAUACUAAUAAAAUGAAUUUUUUCAAACAACUUCCACAACUUCUCGCAAAAUUCCCAAAGCGACCAUUGUUGCAAAAAAUUCUGCCGCAAAUUUGUGCCGAAUUUGGUACUCCCGAACUGGUGCCAUUCGUUCUUCCCAGUGUAUUUUAUAUUGCUGAAAUUGUGAAUAAGGAAGAAUUUGCUGCAGCGCUUCUACCACAGCUUAUCCCUGUUUUUUCCAUGGAACGACCUUAUCAGGCAAGAAUUAUGUCUUUCGAUAAUCCCGAAAGUUGUUACGAUGAUUGA